AUGAGCGAUCCCCAUUUCUGUCUACAUCAAAUUUUCAGGGAUUUUGAUACGUUCAAGGACGCCGUGAAGAGCUACUCCAUAAACAGCAAACAACCACUAAAGUUUAAGCAUAGUGACAGUAAAAUUGUCCAAGUUGUGUGUCAAACAGGUUGUCCAUGGAACAUAUGGGUUGCCCCAACUGAUGAUGGAAAGGCAGUUCAGAUAAGAUCUUGUUGUCUAAAGCAUGAGGGGUGCAUCAUGAUGUUCAAGAACAAUUUUGGGGAUGCUAACUACAUAGCUCAAAGGUACCUACAGAGGUUUCAGGAUGAUUCACAAUGGGGGGUUGCGUCAAUUGUCCAAACAGUUGCAGAAGAUUAUCAUUGGACUAUUUCAAGGUGGAAAGCUUGGAGAAUUAGACGUAUUGCCUUGGAUCUUUUGAGAGGCAAUGCUAAGGAGCAGUAUCAUAAACUGCAGGACUACUGUGCUCAAGUUGUUAGGAAAAGUCGUGGUUCAACCUGUUUUGUGGAAACAUCUUAG